AGUGGACAGAAUUAGAGGGGAAGGGUUUGGAGCCGGGGUAGGAUUAAGGAAAAUUGUGUGAAAUAAAAAGCGAGUGAUCACGAGUGACUCUGUUCGUGUCUGUUUCUGUUGGGAGGGAGGGCGAGAGAGAGAGAGAGAGAGAGAGAGAGCGAGUGAGCGCGAGAGCAUAGAUUUUCAUCCAAAUCCAUAUCUAUUUUUUAAUCCUCGUCUGCCACUGUAUUGUAAAACGCUGGUUGUAGCCAACGAGAGGAGUUCGCAAUGCAACGCUUUUCGUAAUCUUUCCGCAAUCUUCACCUCGCAUCCUUACAUCCUUUGAAGUGCGCAUUUGUUUUAAACUUCAUUUUCCCUCUGACUCUCGGACAGCAUCAUGACCGGUUUGUGGGAACGCAUCCCGUUGGAAUGGUGGGAAUUACGCGGCGAGGUCCCGGAGAGCAUGUAAACGCAAAUGGAGUUUGGGAUUUAUUACAAAAUAUGGGAAAGAUGACCGUCUUGUCGUUGUGCUUUUUCCUGUGCGCUGAUCUACUGCAAGUAGCUGUUGGAUAUUUGACCGUAACAAUAGAGCCACUGCUUCCUGUUGUUGUGGGGGAGACAGUGACUUUAAAGUGUAACUUUAAGACGGAUGGAAGAUUGCGAGAGAUCGUUUGGUACAAGGUUACUGAUGGGGGAACUAUUAAGCAGAAGAUUUUUACGUACGAUGCUAUGUUCAACACCAAUUACUCCCAUAUGGAGGAUUACCGCAGGCGAGAAGAUCUGGUGUAUCAAUCAACAGUCCGGCUUCCAGAGGUUCGGCUCUCUGACAGCGGACCUUAUGAAUGCCAUGUAGGAAUCUAUGACCGAGCAACGAGGGAGAAGGUCGUUCUGGCAUCGGGGAAUGUCAUUCUAACAGUCAUGUCCCCACCAAACAACAUCUCAGUAGUGGCUGAGAACACCCCGGCGCCAUUCAGCCGGUACCAGGCCCAAAAUCUUACUCUGGUCUGCAAUGCCAAAGGAGGCAAGCCGGCCCCAAUGAUACAAUUUAAGCGGGAUGGAGAGUUAAUAGAGGUGAUCUCCUACCUUUCCCCCACUGUGGGUUACGAGGGCGGUGGCUCUGCAGGGGUGCGUGGAGCCAGACCUCUGAUCAGUCGGGACCUGGAUGACACUAAAAUGCGGAAGUCACUUUCUCUGCUGGGUCCGGAUGGCAGGCCUGGACGUCUCCAUACUGAGAGCCCUGGUCGGAGCUACAUGGCCAGGCAGCCUGGUAAUGAGCCAAGCCCGGCUACAGAGACCAUCCCGGAGACGGUGGUGAGCCGGGAGUUUCCCCGCUGGGUUCAGAGCACGGACCCCCUGUACUACUUCAGCAACACGCACAUCCCCCAGAGCGACGGGUCUGUGAUGGUUCAAGCAAAGCUUACAUGGACCCUGAACCCGCAGCUGGACAACGACGCCCUGUUUAGUUGCGAGGUCACGCACCCAGCUCUAUCCAUGCCUAUGCAGACUGAGGUUACACUGGCGGCCCCUAAAGGCCCCAAGCUUGUGAUAACCCCUGAAAGGGCAAAGGUAGGGGAUACGGUGCGCAUCACCGUCCAAGGUUUCCAGGUAGGAUCUCCAGGGAAUGAGGUGUUUCCCGAGCCUCUGUACACCUGGACGCGGAUAGGUGGGAGACUGCUGGAUGGCAGUGAGGACAAAGAUGGGAAGGAACUGGUGUUGGAGCGCGUGCCUGCAGAACUCAAUGGCUCCAUGUACCGUUGCACGGCCCAGAAUCCGCUGGGCUCUACUGAUACACAUACACGCCUCAUUGUGUUUGAAAACCCAAGUAUGAUGAAAAACACACAGAAUCCCAACAACGGAGCUGCCGGUUUGCAUACCUAUGGACUGAUAUGCCUGCCACUUAUUCUAACAGUGACUUUUAAGCUGACGUGAAUAUCUUCAGUUCAGCCAAACAUAACACACCUCCUCUCCAGGCAGGCGCACACACUCCAAACACACACAAACACAAGCCUUCUCCAGCCCGUGAAUUAACCUACCUUGCUUUCAUCUGUGGGAGAACCUGAGCCUUCAACAGGGGGUGCGCCACCCUUUUCUUUUGUGAACAUGACCCAAAAAAAUCUAAAUGGAAAUUAUAAUAAUAUUGAUUAAAUAAUGAUUACACGUGAAAUUAUGUGAACAUGAGAACAAGAAUCUGCCCUUUCACACAGACGCGCUUUUGUUUGGUUUUUGCCUGUCAAUCAUGUCAUUCAGAAAGAGGGAAAGGAGAAGAGCUUGGUGUUUGAGAUAAACAAAUUUGUCAUGCACUGGGCUGUGGAAAAAAGACACUGAGAAAUUGUUGGUUUCUGACAACGCUGACUGUCACUUCAACUCCGACCAGUGUUAUUCAAGCUGCCUCCGUUGAAUCCUGCACACUGGCACAAACAGGACACAAAACCUCCUUUUUAAGGACCAUGUUUUUCGCCAUUUGUGUUGUCGGAUCACAGUUUUUUUCCCCUUUUAUUUUCUUGAAUGGCUCUUGACUGGAAUGUAAAAAAAAAGACAAUGCGAAACGUCCUGUGACAUUUUAUUGCAAAGAAAUGGAAGAUCCUCUUUUUAAGUGUAUUUUGUGUACAUCCCUGUAAAUAAUGAAAAGUAUAUUACAGAAAAGAUAAAAUUAAUAGAGGUUUGGGGGUCAGGAUUUGGGGGAAAGAUGCAAGGGGGGUAAGCACCUAAUGGCUUUAUUGCGCGUGUCUGGUCAUCCCCGGUGGCCAUCACCCGAAAAUCCAACCCAGGCUUUUAGAAAACAGUGAAAUCAGUGGCCUUUUUCAGUUCUGAUUUCAUGUGUUCAGUAUCUAUGACAUAUGUGUGACUGUUUUCAAUCACAGAGGAAAGAGGGCGACCUUUCUCCAGUGUUGGUGCAUGUGUUUGAAGAUGAUUUCCCCUCUCAUCUGUUUGUUGCCUACCUGUACUUAAGUUCUUGUCCAAUAUUCAGUGACCUGCAUCGUGUACAGUCCUUAUCUCUAAUCUAACAGUUACUGCUAGGAUCAUGUUAGAUGCCAUUAACCCCCCCCCCCCCCAUCCCCCCAAAGGAAGCUCAAGUGAGUACAAGUGUAAACAGGGUUGUUGCAUUUGUUUCAUAUCACCUGUAUUAAAAAUGGAGAUGAUCUACAUAAUGUCUGUGUGUGAUUGGACUUUGGGUGCUUUGUUUUACCUUGAAGUUACAGUUCACCCAAAAAUAAUAAUUCGGUCAUCAUUUCAUCACUUGUAUGACUUACUUUUUUCUGAAGAACACAGAAGAUGUUGUGAAACAAAUGAUGGUAACGAACAACGGCAGCACCCAUUUACUUGCAUUGGUUUUUUGUCCAUACAAUAGAAGUCAAUGGGUUUAAAAUAGCAAAAGGUGAGUAAAUGUUGACGGAAUUUCAUUUUUGGGUGAACAAUUGCUUUGAUAUUUCUGUACGCUCAGCAGCAACUAAAAUAUGUCAUCUGGUUCUUACAUUUUGUGAUUUCUGAUACGGCCAUUCCAUGACAUUUUUUCUUUUGGUCUCAUACUUUGUCACAUGAAUUUGCAAAUCAAUUUACCAAACAGUGUUUUUUCUACACUUCUAACAGGUUAAUAUGAUAUGAUAAAAUAAUAAUCUUUAUCAGAAAAUAUGUUUAAGAUUAAUUUGUCUGAAUUAAGAGAGAUUACUUUUUUUAAAAUUGCCAAAUAACUACUAGGCUCUGCAUUUUUCUGAAGCAUGUUUUUCGCUGUCU